AUGACGGCUUCACAUGAUUAUUGGGCUUCUUUAUUCAUUCUCCCUAAGAAAGUGGUAAGGGAGAUUGAAUCUUGUUUGAGGGUUUUCUUUUGGAAUGGUCCUGAUUUGAAAAAGAUCGGAGCAAAAGUUGUUUGGGUGCACCUUUGCGUCCCUCAGAAUGAGGGUGGUCUAGGGUUUAAAUCUAUUGAGGUGUGGAAUAAAGCUGCUAUUGCCAAGCAUGUUUGGUUUUUGCUGUCAGGGGGUGAGCAAUCCAUGUGGUGUCAAUGGGCUAAGUCUUAUUUGUUAAAGGGUAUAAGUUUUUGGUGCCUCAAAGUUCCUAGUGACCCUUCCUGGGUCUGGAGAAAGCUUCUUGAUUUGAGGAGUAUUAUUGCUCCCCUGAUUAAAUAUAAUGUUGGUAAUGGGAAGACAAUUUUCUUGUGGUUUGACAACUGGCUCCCUCUUGGGCCUCUUUUUAAUAGAUUUGGAGACAGAGUUAUUUCUGACUCUGGGAUCCAGAAGUUUGCUAGAGUGGAGUUUGUUAUCUAUGGCUCUAGGUGGAAAUGGCCUGUGUGUCAUAAUUGGGAGUUGAAUGAGAUUAAAGUUGUUGUCCCGACGGAUAUGAAGCCUUCUUUAGUGAAUGAUAAGGUGGUGUGGCUGUCAUCUUCUGAUGGGCAAUUCUCCAUUAAGUUUGCUUGGGAUGAGUGA